AUGCAGUUCACUGACGACGAGGCCGCCGACGUGAAGAAAUGGGUUGUUAAGAAGCUAGAAGACAUCUCGGAUGCCGACUCUGAUGUGCUGGCAGAUUACGUCCUUGCGCUCAUUAGAUCUGAUGCGCCAGAUGACGAAAUCAAACAGACUUCAGUUGAAAACCUCGAAGAUUUCCUAAGAGAACACACUGCUGCUUUCGUGGAUGAAUUAUUUGCCUCCUUUGGUCCCAAACAGGCCGCGCCUCAGACUGCCCCUCCCCAGAUCCAGCCUACUGCUUCCGUUACGCAGGCCCAAAUUCCAUUCAAUGCCCCUACUGGCCCGAGAAACGACUUCUACAACAGAAAGCGAACAUACAAUGAAGGUUUCCAGGGAGAACAGGAGCGCGAUGAUGGCGUACCGCAAAAUCGCGCAUUCAAGACUCCGCGCCGAGGACGGGGCGGUGGCCGUGGCGACUGGAUGGGCAGGGAUGGACGCCAAGCACAUGGAGGCCAGCAGUAUCCGCAAGGCCAGUCUGGUGGUUUCCCAAUGAUGCCUGGCUUCCCCCAAUUCGACCCCAAUGACCCGAUGGCCGCGAUGAUGGCCAUGCAGGGUAUGGGGUUCCCACAGAUGCCCGGUAUGCCACCUAUGCCUGGGAUGCCCGGUGCGCCUGGCCAGCUUGGCGGUGAACAGAUGGGACAGAUCAAUCAGCGCUGUCCCUUUUAUGAUACCCAAGGUAUCUGCUACCUGGGUGCUACUUGUCCGUAUCAACAUGGUGAGGCUGGGUCUCAGAAUGAAGAAUAUGACCCGAAGUCUGCGUCGCUGUCGAUGAACGCCCAGCGCGGGGAGGGCGGCUCUUCGCGGGGUGACCGGGGUCGUGGCCGUGGGCGCAGUGGAUUCAGCGGACGAGGACGUGGCGGCCGGUCCGACUUCUCGUCAGCUGGACCAAAUGAGGACCGAUCAAUCACGACCAUUGUGGUCGAGCAAAUUCCUGAUGAUAAGUUUUCGGAGGAAGGCGUACGCGAGUUCUUCUCGCAGUUUGGCAGCAUUGCCGAAGUCUCGCUGCAACCGUAUAAAAAGCUAGCGUUGGUCAAAUACGAAACCUACGACGAGGCCAAGCAGGCAUGGUCUAGCCCCAAGGUUAUCUUUGACAAUCGGUUUGUCAAGGUCUAUUGGCACAAACCUAGGCGCGAUGAAAAGAACGGUGGCGAUUCACAGUCUGAAACCCCCGCAUUCAACCCCGAAGAGUUCCAGAAACAGCAAGAGGAGGCUCAAAGAAGCUGGGAAGAAAAAUCAAAGAAACGGCAAGAGGCCGAAGAGGCUAAGCAAGCGCUGGAGCGCCAACGUGAUGAGCUUUUAAAAAGGCAGCAGGAAGAGAAAGCUCGCUUAUUGCAGCGACUCGGUGGCUCUGCCGAAUCUAGCAAUGGUGAUGCCAUGGAUACCCAGUCCGGCGAUGCUAUGGCAGACGAGAAUGUGAGCGAAGAGACUAGGAAACUGCGUGCGCAGUUAGCUGCUCUUGAAGCAGAGGCCAAAACCCUUGGAAUUGAUCCCUCCAGCGCAGACUCUUCACACCAUAGCCGGGGCGGAUACCGUGGGCGUGGUGGCUACCGCGGACGAGGAACGUUUCGUGGACGCGGCGGAUAUGACCCUUCUUUCCGUGGUGGCCGUGGCCGAGGCGGCUUCGCGCCUCGUGGUGGUCGAGGAGGUGUUCUGCGCCUCGAUAACCGACCUCGACGUGUAGCUGUUUCGGGCAUUGAAUUGAACUCCGACAAGGACGAGGCUCUGAGGCAACACUUGAUUGGCAUUGGCGAAUAUGAGUCUAUCGAGCCGAACCCCGGUCAACCUGACUCUGUUGUGGUAGCCUUCAAGGAGCGAUACCAAGCCGAGAAGUUCAUGUUCAGUACCCGGAGCAUCCCUUCUGUCGGUGAAGUUCAGCUUUCUUGGGUUGCUAACCCGCCUAUCACACUCCCAUCGGCUCCGGCAGCAGAAAAGAAUGGAUUUGGCGAUGAUGACCAGGACAUGACCAUGGACACCAUGGCGGGUGUCAACGAAGCGCCGGCUCCACAAAGCCUGCCGCCGCGUGAUAUGGAUUAUGACGUUGCCGAGGAUGAGGGCUGGUGA